AUGAUAAAUAACGACACAACACAAAGAAAAAGAAAACUUCGAGACCCGACGAAAUAUGGAGUCAGAUUUGAAUAUAAUGAGCUCUUUAGCAAACUACUUGCAAUACAAAUAGAAAGAGAUAAAAAUCACAAAGAAGGCCCAUUGCAUAUUUUAAACAAAUUAAAAGAAGAACAAGAAAACUCUGAAAAAGCUGUAUCACGCUAUUUCAAAAGAAGCCAAACUCCGUUAUUUUAUAAAAGAAUAUCUAAUCCUUUAAUGGUUGAAACGCAUACCCCAGAUUUAAACAUUUCACUUCCUCAGGCUCACACUUUAGGAAGGUCUCCAAAAUCUCCUACUGCACCAAAAUUGCAUAAAUUUUAUGAUCUUUCAGCUAAAAGUGUAAACAAAAGAAAAUUCAAUUUGCGAGAAUCAGAAGAAGGGAUGUUAAAACUUAUCGGCAAACCUAAAACUUUAUCAAAAGAAAAGAUUAAAUUCAACUCAUAAUUUAAAAUGGCAUGCUCUUAAAAGGCAAACUCCCUUUUAGCGGUCCUGGUGAGAGGAACCAAUAAUUAUUUGAUGGCUUUGGACUUAAAAGACUAUUGAUGGCCCGAUAAGAGAGUCCUUUUGAGGCUUGAGGUAGUUAGAUUUUAUCGAUUGGAUUCAUCUACACCAUUAUUCAGAGCUGACACUGCUCUCGCUUACAAGUUGAGAAAAAAAAAGGAUUUUAAUUAAUAGUAACCUUAUCCGUAGUUCCUAAAUUCAACUUGUAA